AGAAGCGUCGUCCCUCGCAACUAUGAUGUGUACUUGAGCUUCAAAGGUGGAGACACAGGCACCGGCUUCACAGAUUUCCUCUACAACAGCCUGGUAGCUUCUGGGGUCCAUGUGGUCAGAGAUGAAGACGCACUCCAAGUCGACCAGGAGAUAGGCCCGGAACUUCUGUGGGCCAUCAGGACUAGUAGAAUCGCGAUUCCCAUCAUCUAAGAGCAGUAUGCGCAGAGUAAAUGGUGUCUCCGCGUGCUCGCCGAGAUGAUGGAUUGCCACAGAAAGCAUGGCAAAUCAGUCUUCCCUGUAUUCUAUAAGGUCCUUUUUGCUGAUGUAGUUCGCCAACGCGGUAACUUUGAAGAGGCUUUAUGGAAACAUGGGAAGCAGUGCAGCUCAGAAGAAGUGCUAGAAUGGCGGGAAGCGCUGAGUUCUGUAGCAUGGAUCAAAGGAUGGAUGUCACAUACCAUUGCUAAUGGGCAUGAAGGAGAGCUGGUGAAAACAAUGGUAGCAAAAGUUUUGAGUGAAUUGAAGACAUCGUGGAUUGAACGGCACCCCAUGUUCAUAAGAUCAGUGUAUCUUUGCUUUUCCGAGAAGAAAAGAAGACAAACUAAAUGGCAAGUGUUCUUGACCUUUCGUGGCCCUGAUACUCGACGCGGCUUUGCUGCUUACCUCUACAUCAGCCUUGUGGCUGCAAAAAUCAAAGUGUUCAGCAAUUACGAUCCCUCCCUCAUAGGUACAUAUGUUGGUUGUGAGAUUCAGAAUGCCAUCGAUCACUGCAAGAUAUCUAUUCCUAUUCUCUCCGAAAAUUAUGCCUCCUCUCAUUAUUGCCUCGAUGAGCUAGCUCAAAUGGUCGAAUGCAAGAGAACAAAGGGGCAAAAAAUAUUGCCCAUCUUCUAUAAAGUGAAGCCCUCGAACGUGCGGGACGUAUCGCAUCGUUUUGGAGAGGACAUGCUUCUACAUAAGGAGCUCGUCAAUGGAGUUACUUAUGAGCGGUGGGAGAGAGCUCUCAGGGAGGUUGGGUCCUCCAAAGGAUGGGUAUCGGAGAAAAUCGCCAACGGGCACGAAGGGGUACUCGUGAAACGGGUGGUCAAGGAGGUUUUGAGGUUGUUGAACAAUCCUCAAACACGAGACAUCCACUGAAUUUUUGGAUGUCUCGUGUGCAAAUUUGACAAGUCUGCUCUAAUUACAGAUAGAGAGAGGAUUUGAAGAGAUGCGUGAA